UAUUAAUUUUGACAGUCGUGGAUUUUAUGUUACACAGACUUUUUAUGCUUUACGCUUCGAGAAUUUAUAUUUUAUAAUGUUUUGACAGUCUUUUAAUUAUAUAGCUUAAUUUUUGUUUUUGGUGUGAAAUGGAACAUCUAAAGCAUAGUACAGAAAGUAAUCAAAUAAAACUAGCAGAUAAUUCGAAAUGGCAAUGCUUUUCCAACUGGGUUCAUUGUUUUUGUGUUGUGACAUUUGACUUAGAAUUGGGUCAAGCGCUAGAGGCAAUUUAUCCUCCCCAUAUUACUUUAUCUGAAUUGGAAAAAUCAAAUGUAUGCUACUUAGCUUUUCCCGAUUCCAAUUCAGGAUGUAUGGGAGAUACACAAUUUAUUAUCAGACUCAGAAGCAGCUCUGGCCCCGUUCAAAACGGAAUACUUAGUGCAGACCAAAUAGAAUAUAAUGGUGCUACUCUUCCUACAUUGCAAAUAAAUCCAGGAUAUUUUUGGGGAUUUGUUUACUUUAGACAAGUUAAAGAUGCUACACUACCUCGAGGAUAUUUCCAAAAGAGCAUAGUUCUAUUGACUCGACUGCCAUUUGUAAAUCUAUUCUUAGAGAUUUCUUCAUUAGUUGCCCCUGAAUUUUUUGAUAAUGGAGUCAUUAGUCUUGAGGUAGCUUGUGAUCAUAUCAGUCAGUGGCCUAACUUAUGCCCGGGAGAAAUUUUUAAUUUGCCUAUAUUAGGCAGUGUCUUUCAGACAUAUAUACCGAAUCAAAAUUGUUACAAAACUGCUGUAGUUAAAGCCUCGGAUAUGCGUGAUAACAAUCCAGCACAAGUGCGAAUUUUAUCAUCAAUAUAUGAACUUAAUAUAUACCAAAUUUUAAGUAACAUUAUAGCUCAUACACAUCUACUUUGGGAAUUAGUUCUUACCACAGAACCAAUAGUUGUAAUGGCUUCAUCUCCUACUCUUUGUUCACAUAUGGUUGAGGCAUUGAUAAGCAUGAUAGCUCCUCUUAGUUACUGUGCAGACCACCGGCCUUACUUCACGAUACAUGAUAGCGAAUUUAAAGAAUUUACGAACAACAAACAAGGACCCCCUUCAGUCAUUUUAGGUGUUACAAAUCCGUUUUUUUCCAAGACAUUACACCAUUGGCCGCAUACAAUAAACUUAUGCGAAGGUCAUACACCAAUGCACAAGCAAAAACUAAAGAAGACGGGCAAUCUUAAAUUUGAUUCAUUGCCAGGCUUAUAUACAGAAUAUAAGCCAUUUUUGCAAAAGGAUAAAGUGAUAAUAAAGAAAUUAAUAUCAGGUGUUAGAUCUAAAAGGCCCAUGGAAGUACAAUCUGCAUUAUUAAGGCGUCAUCUUUUAGAACUGACUCAAAGUUUCAUGAUUCCCUUGGAACGAUAUAUAGCAUCUUUAAUGCCGUUGCAGAAAAAUGUAUCACCUUUUAAAGCAGCCCCUGUUCCACAAACAUUUAACCCAGAAGAAUUUUUAAAUACUCUGACUCAAUCUGGCCCUCAAUUAACUUCGUCUUUGAAAGGUGAUUGGGAAGGCCUUUACAAAAGGUUUUUUCGUUCAGCAAACUUCAAUGGAUGGUUUAACGAGCGCUAUACAAAUCUCACACAAAAAUUACAAGCACUUCAAUUGGAGGCUCUAGCAGAUGCAGAUGUGAAGCAAUGGGUCAAAGGAAAGCAAGAAGUUGAAAUUGUUGACAUGAUAUUAAAUAUAAAGCAAAAGCUGGCUAGAGUAGAAGAAUAUUCAAAGUCAGUUAAAUCUUCAACAAAACAGAAAUUAUUGCAAAGAAUUGAUGAUAUGGCAUGCUCCUUGCCUGAUGAUCUGAAGCCAAUAUUGUUGUGAUAAUUAAUGAUAUUUGUCUAGUGUAAAAAUAUGUAUAUAUAAGUUAACCAAUUUUUUAUUUAGUAAAUGAUCUGUAAAUAUUUCUCAGAGCAUACUCA